AGUUCUGCUUCAGUUCUUCAUUUUUGAGCAGAUAUAAGUCUCUCUCUGGUUGUUGAUCUUUCCUACAAAUCAGAUUCAACUUCUAUCCAAAAUGUCUCAGGAACAGCUUGUUUCCCCUCCAAAUGACCAGCCUCACAUUGUUUUGGGACCUUCAAGAGGGGGUUCCAACAAGAAGGCGCUGAAAGUGGCAGGACUGACCGUGUUGGCUGCCUUGCUGAUCGCAGGUCAGGCCUUCACUGCUUACUCUGUGUACAAGCACAGUGAGAAGCUCAGCCUGCUGGAGAGACGCUCGGACCGUCUGCAGGAGCUGACCCUCAGGGCCAAAGCGAGUCGCACCCCAAUGAAGAUGGCUGUACCUAUGAGCUCCUUCCCUCUGCUGCUGUCUGAAAGGAAGAUGGAUUCCACUCCUCCUAAAGCACCUCUGACUAAGUGCCAGCAGGAGGCUGCAGGUUUGAUCCCGGUCUCUCUGCCAUCGUUCAAGCCCAAGUGUGAUGAGCACGGUGCCUACGAGCCUGAGCAGUGCUGGCAGGAGGCUCACUGCUGGUGUGUGGACAAGAACGGAAUCCCAGUGCCCGACUCUGCAGUGGCUGGACGUGCUCAGUGCAAGACCGCUUAAGAUUUUGCAUCAGCCAAUAAGACCUGAGGGAUGAAUCCACAUCCAUGUGAAGAAACUUUUCCAUUUGCUUUUUCUGCCUUUCAGACAUUAAGUAGUGUGAAACUUUAAAUAUUAUGAGCAGAUAUUAAGAGCAUGACACAGUUCGUAAGCAUUAUAAUAUAAUAACAAUGCAAGCUGUUGGUUACUUUUGGCAAGAAACUAUUCUUACUUUCCAGAUCAUCAUAAUUUAACAAAAUCUGCUUCCUGUCAAGACUAUGCUAUCAUUUUUAAGCUGCACUAUGAGAGAAGAUAAUGAGUAGCGCAUGAUAUUAAUGAGAAUACUGAAAAUAAUUAAUUUGGACCACUGAAACUGGUGAAAAUAAAUUUAUACUAAUAAAA